AGUGAUAUGGAUUUUAUGCCUUAGGCAUUUAACAUCAAGAUGGGUAUCGCAGAUUUUCAAGACUUUCUUGAAACUGAGUGUUCCAGCGCCUGUGUUUCUGUGGACUUGCUAAAAAUUUCAAGGGGCUUUGUACAGCCGAAAAGGCGUGGUGGUAGAAAUGGCGGAAAUGGAAGAUUUUGUCUCGUUGUCGAUGCAGAAAGUUGUCUAGACAGGCUUUACGGUGGGUUCUUCUCAGACUGGGUGUGCGGAGGACAAUGGAAUCGCAUGACAGCAUUUCUCACAAGCUUGAUCAGAGCUUGUCACAACGCAAACAUGGAGCUGGUGGUAUUUUUUAACGGGGCUUUGGAGAAGGAGAAGACGAACGAAUGGUACUCCCACCAGAUCGCCCAGAAAGACAAAGUGCGUUACGUUCUACGACACAUUGCCAACAAGGGCACACCUCCACCGAAAGUGUGGUGGAUACCCCCAGUGUUUUUGCACGGAGCUUUACGCAUGGCACUAGCUCAUUUGGGCGUGACCGUGGCCUGCUCUAUGGAUGACCAUCACCAAGAAGUUAUUGGAUUUUGCCGGGAGCAUAACUUGCAAGGGAUCAUUGCACAGGAGUCCGUCUACACGAUCUUUGACCCUCCGCGCUACUUCUCCUCCAACAAUCUUAAGCUGACAUACAAGGGGUCUUUGGAAACUAAAGAAUAUAUCAUGGACGAAAUAGCCAAAUGCCUGAACCUCAACCCAAACCGCUUCAGCAUCUUCGCAGCACUACUUGGGAACCACAUCCUCACCGAUGAAGACUUGCAAGAUUUCCGAAGCCAAUUUCCAAGUCAAGAUACAAAACAAAAGCGUGGCAAUGGAAAACUGGAUUCCAACACGAUUAAAACUACCUGUGAUUUUGUGCGCAACCUGCAGGCUGUAGACAAUCUAGACCAAGUUGGCGAGCUGGUCUUCAGUAGAACCACUCGAGGCAACAAGGCAGAACUUACUAAUAAGUUCAAGCAGUGUGUACAGUACUACCUCAAUGGUACAGAGGGAGGGUUCCUGAAGUACCGCCCACGUUUUAAAGUACCUGGUGUGAGUAGACAUGGUUCCACAUAUUCAUCUCCAGGUUUUCAGAAUGGGCAGCGUCAGCAGGAGAACUUUGGUGCUGGCGACAGUGGAAACCAAGCAGGUGAUGGGCCUCAAGGACGGGCCCCUGGUGCUUUUCCUAGUGGGGAGUUCUCUUUGCCAACGGUGACCACAGAGAUCAUCCGUAUUGCCAGUGAACGCCAUCAGAAGGGACUGAUGCACCCAAUGAUUUAUCAGCUGCUUACACAGGGGGAGGUCAAGCUAGAUGUUAUCCUGGAAGAUGAAACAAACCGUGAGCUGCCAUCUUACAUAGAUCUGUACAGGCCCAUACGCCAAACCAUCUAUUCAGUCCUCUUCAACCUGAACAAGUUAAAGAUUAUCCACGAAAACACACAUAAGGAGAAAGGAGAGGCUCCACCACCUAAAUCUUUUGAGGUGAAUGUCAAGGAGUGGAUUGUGCGGCGCAGCACUCAGCGUCCUACUUUUGAGGUGACUAUCGCCAAGCCUGUGGAAUGGAAGACUCCCAGCAUUGAGCGCAUGUGGCUGGGAAAGAAUGCCGAGGACAAAAACAGGAGGCUGAGGGCUUUCUUGACCAUCAUGCACAGUGACACGCCUCUGAUUCUCAACACACAGUAUGUGCCUCAGCAUCUUCUGGUGAUGUGCUGUGUACUGAGGUACAUUGUGCAAUUUGGACGAGUGCUGCAGAGGCAGGAACUGGAUGCCUUUUUGGCUAUGGCAAUCUCCCCACUUCUGCAUGAUGUACAGACUAUGCAGGAUCUCAAGCUCCCAAAUAUUAUGCCUCGAGGAGUUCAGCUUGCUUCGCUGUUUAUGGCUGGUGUGGAAAUUGCUUUGGCUGCCAAUGAUGUGUGUGGUGCACCAGUGCCAGCACCGAUGUGCUGUCCCUGGCUUUUCUUUGAUGGCAAACUCUUCCACUUCAAGCUGCUGAAGGCAAACAACAACACACCCCUCAUUGAUAUGUGUGAUGGGCAGGUAGAGCAAGUGCUGCAUGUUGAGAGACUUCGUCAAGCCAUUCUGGAGAACAUCCAUGUGGACUUUGCUAAGCCACUCCUUCCUUCUGCCCUCUAUCCUCCAUAUCCACCCUAUGGGCCAGGUCCAGGACCUUAUGGGCCAGGACCCAUUCCCCGGGGAAGAGGCGGGCCCUUGGGGGCCAUGAUGGGGCCACCUGGUCCCAAGUCCCCUGGGCGGGGGCGAGGGAUUCUAGGUAAUGCCGGUCGCAGUCCAGUUGACACUCGUGGUGGGCAACUAGAGAUUGCAGGUGUGGUAGUGGGAAGCUGGAGGGGCCGUGAGGGUCCAUCGCCACACGUCAGGGGAAUGCCAGGAAGUCAAGCUUUCUUGCCUACUCGACCAAUCCGUGGUCGUCCUCCAACAUAUGUCCCUGGCAGAGGGGGAUAUGGACCUCCACCUGUUCGUGGUCUUUAUGCUCCACGUGGUGGGCGAGGGUUGAAGCCCAUAAGGCGUCCUGUGCGUCUGACUGUCAGACCAGGCAGAGGAAGGGGGGCAAAGACUGUGUCCAAGGGAAGGGGCGUAACCAUUGACUCUUCAGCCACCAGCAGUCAGACCAAGGUUAGUGGGAGUAAGGAGAAAGAAACUGUGAACAAAGGAGAGCAGCCAGAAGUGUUUGAUGAUGCUGAGGAGGAAGAAGAGGAGGAAGAGGAUGGUGACUAUGCUGAAGAAGAAGAGGAGGAAGAGGAGGCCAGUGCUCAGCAAUUUGGUUCAGGCGAUGUGGAUGGUUUCCGAGACCCUAACAGUCUGGAAAUCAAUGCCUGAAUGUGACACAUCAGCCUCUUACAUCAUGGACAAGAAAUAUUUUCUUUUCAGAUCUAUGUUGUACCUCUCAUAAACAUGGAAUAUUGAGAGAUACCAACAUUCAUCUGAGGAGGAGAUUUUUCAGUCUGAACACAGCAUCUACUUCCAGUCAGAACAUCCGAGCAUUUGCUGACUCGGUUGCUUGUUCACUUACAUGCAAGCACACAUGCACAUGCACACACACACACCGAGAAGAACAUACUAUGAGGUUAAACAUCUCUACAUUUGAGUAAACAAAUCAAUGCACGUUUGAAGACAAAAGACAGCACAGUUGAUAAAUUAAGUGCACAUGCCAUGCAUGUGGGCUGUCCCUUGACGAUGACUUUCACAGUGUUGUCUUGCCCUGUUGGGCUCACAUGGGCAUUAUGGAUAACCUGAAACUCAUUGGGCCUGUCUUUCAUUGAAGCCUUGCUUGUCAAGAAUAACCUUUCGUUUCUAGUCAUCACAAUAGUUUUAAAAGAAAACAAAGAAUGGGGAGGUGAAUAGAUGCUCUGUUGGUAAGAAAAGAUGAUAGCAGAAAAAGAUGAAUAAAUAAAAAAUUAACCCAGAAGAAUUAUUGAUGAGUUUUUGAAUAUGAUAUUGUUGCAUUGGGCUUAGUGGUUUUACUUACAAGCAGUAAAGGUUGUUCUAAUUACAGUCAGAAAGGAAAGAUUAAGAAACGAACAUAUGACAAGGGAUGGGAACUGGAGCAAAGAUAUAUGGUGUUGGAGCACAAGCUCAGUCCAUGUUAUUCUUGGCAAGCAAGGGUAGAGAAGUCUUUUCUCUUUUGGUCGUGGGUCCGGCUGUCACCUCUUUUCAUUGACCUGUUACUCAUUCUGGACCCACGAGCUGAGAGACUCAUCUGCCUCUCAUUUCUCACAGGCUCUGCAACAGUGUGUUGCCCUUCUGGAACAAACAUAUUUUUUGGAAAAAAAAGCCCAGAGGCACUUUCUGAAGAUUCCAUACGUGCUCAUUUUCAUAACAGCUGCAGCAGCAUCCAAAAGGAUUAAAAGUGCUGAAGGUGUUGGACAGGCUGAUGUUAAGCUUUGUUGUCUGCCUUGUAAAAGCUGUCAGGCCACACCAAGCCAUCACCAUGCUUGGCUGUCAGGCCUUUAUGUAUCCUGAUGUUUAAUUAACAAUCGUGUGAUGGGACAUUGCCCCACCGGGCUGUCGCUUGUUUGACUUAAGCUGUCAGUAUUAAAAGUUGAACAAUUAUUCCUGUUUGUUUGUGGCCAGCAUCUUAAGAUUGAACUUGAAGCACAAAACUUGUUGUCAUUUUUUUUUUUUUUUUUUUUUUUUGCAUCUGAACUGUUGUAAGCCCUGCACGAGAUUGGCUCUUUUAAAUGGGCAGCAAGGGGGCCCACAGGAUGUGCAUUGACUUACAAAUUUUACAAGGUUAACGACUGCUGCAGUUGAUAUGACUUAACCACGACCAUGGGUUUUCCUGAUGCUAUACCAUCCUUGUUCGUUGAUGCUCAGCAACUGCCUGCGGAGUGUCACCGUGCGCUCAGGUUAUGUGAGCUGUCGGAGUGGACAGGCUGUUCAAAGGGGUGUUUUUACCCUUUUUAUGCAUUUAUUUUUGUUUACCCCCUUCCAGACAGCGCAUUGAGUGUAUUUUCAUUUCCAGAAAAAGCCAUGCAGUAAAGAAAGAACUUAGUCUCUCUCUACUUUUUUUUUGAUUUUUUUUUUUUUGGUUAAUAUUCUGGAAAUAAAAAUACACUACCAAACAGAAGUGUUCCUUGUGCUAACAAUGUUCACCUUGGCCAUGGCAGCUAGUUCACGUCUUGGCUGACAGCCAGGAAAUGGUAUCACUAUUCAGCAAUGCAUGGGUGAGGUGGAUGUUGAUGGCACAUGGAAGAGAAGAUGGCGGAAGAGGAAGGGAGGGAGGAAAGCCAAAGUGUGGACAACGUUUUUGUUUCCGCGCAAUUCACUGGCUCUGAACUUGGAAAACAAGCAACUGUGUGUACGUAUGGCCAAUGUUGAUUUAUUUUUGAGUGACUUUUACACGGAAGAAAUGUAUUAUUUUUGUACAUUUCAUAUUUGUUUUUAUGACCUUGGCAAACAUGUUAAUGUGCGAACCAGAAGGAUCAGGAAAGAGCUUUUUAAAGCAGCAAAAGAUGGGCAUGAUCACUCUGAUCUCAGAAGACAUCAAAUGGCUUGUGAAAACUCGAGUUGUGGGUUGGUCUUUGUCAGGGAGUACACUAUAUAAAACAGAUGUGCGGGACCUUGGCAUGCUUACUUCUUCUGGAGUAUGAGCAGGCAGGUUGUAGAUUAAAAGGACUCAUUUGCCUUGCCACCACAUAAUGGCUACCUUCUCAUCACAGACCAUACAGAUUAAUUAGGUACAGACCAUGCACCUUCUGCUGUGUGUGCAUGUCGGAGAUCACUUAAAUUUAACACUAAAGGUGCAAAGGUGGGUGGCUGCUACAGUGCUAUAAAAGGAUGAGGGUUUUAAAAAAAAAAAAGAAAUAAUGGGCCAACAGUGAUGGAACAGAAUUAGUGUGAUGAAUUUUGCAGAAGAAAGCAAUUGCUGACGUCGGGGUUGUCUGCCGUUGAUGCUUGAUUUGAAUGACUAGAACUUUUUAUUUUCUUCAGUAUCUGAACAUUCACUUGCCCUGUGUGGGGCUGGGUAGGGGGCAAGAGACACAGUUCUGCUUUGUUUUCUAAUAACGAGACAAACGAAUUCAGGAACAGGUUUUUUUGAGAGCUGCUUGAUGCAGAAGGGACUUUCUAGCAAAGUUUCCUGAGGCAGAGAAAGCUUCAUACAGUGUAGCUCAGCACAGAUUCCUACACAGGACACAACUUGCGGAAGGGCGUAGUUAAUAACGCCUAGUCUUUUUACAAAUUGUACAAACAUUACUCCUUUUUUUUUUUUUUGUGAAACAAGAUGGUUCUUGUGACAGGAUCUUCUUCACUUUAAAAUGCACUGAAUUAACAAGGAUACUUGGAACUUUUCUUGUUCUUGGACCAAAAUGCUGUUUUAGGUUGGCCUGAUCCAAACAGCCAAGGAGAUUUAACGAAAAGUUAAUGAAAGUAAUGCAGAAUGGGGGAAAUAUAUCCUUGCAAAACAGGCCAAGCAUUGAGACAAUAAAUGGAGUCCACUCAAGGACUACACUCCUCGAAACAGGUCUGGAUAUUUGCUUUUUAAAAAAAAAAAAAUUCUUAUAAUGCAUAGACCUUACUGACGGUGGUGUCCAGUAAAAAUGUCUUUGAAACUGUGCACCACUUGGGGAAAUCUUGAGUGCAUUGCAACAGUCUUACUGUAUAAAAUAAAGUGGAUAUUUUGGAGAGCUUUUCAGUAAUGUUAUUGAUUUGAAUAUCCUAUUGCAUUUGUCUGUUAGAUUGGACUUUGCUCCUACUUAGGUUUGACACUGCUCCAUUUCUUCCCAGUGGAAACAGUUAAGGAAACUGAUGAGGGAAAUGGAUUUUGAGAUCAUUAAAUAAAGUGGGUGAGGUAGCCUGUGUGCUACUCAGUUCACACCCAGGAGUGCAUGAAAUCUAGUUACCUUUCAUGAUUACAAUGCUGUAUUUCAAUAUCUGAUAGGAUUGUUGUAAGGGAGACUUUUAAACAAUCUGUGUAUGAAGAACUAAUGCUUAUAGUUGGUGGUUAAAAAAAAAAGUCUUGCACUGUAUCACAUAGUCUUGUCUUGAUGAAACCUUCCUGUAUGCUGGUGUUUGUGUUUAUUUGUAACAGUUUUUUAAAAAUUAGAUUUUCUUGUAAAAGCAACAUUUUCAUUCAGAGGAUGCAACUUCCUAAAGGUGAGCCUUUGCUUUGCUGUAUUGUGUAACUUGGGAAAAAAACCGAAGCUUUUGUUUGUUAUUUUAGAAACAUUGAAAGCACAUUUUGUAGUAUGAAAUAAAUGUGCUGGGUCAAAUUGACUUGUUCCGAUAAAUUGUUCUAAACAAAAAAAAUAAAUGUACUGACCUAUUAUUUGUGGCCCAAAGCUGCUUAAUACUGUUAAGAGAUGGUACCCUCUGUUUAUAUAUUACAUGAUGAUUAACAGAUAUAGGAAAUACACAAAUAAUAGCCCAUUUACUGUAUCUUCAUUUAUUAACAAACAUGUUUGUCCAUGUUUUCUGUAAAUGAGAUAAAACUUGAUGUUUUAGAAUUGAACAGUUUUAAUUUCCACCAUUCAACAAGGUGGAGGCUACUCAGUUUGAGAAAAAUAAUAUUGUAAAAGGAAAAUAUUUUACUCCACUUUGUGAGACUAACCCUUUCCCCAUGUAGUGCACUUGUGUUCACAUCUAGUUGUGUUAAAACUUGUUCACUUUUAGAAUUACUCCACAAAGGCAUCAAAUGAUUUCUGUAAUGGUGCCAUAGACAAGACUAGACAAAAUGUUAUACAACAGGCCUUUGACAGUGUAGCUCUUCAUAGAAGACAAAGCAUGCUGACUGAUCCUCGCAAGAAGAUAUUGUAAUUUUUUUUAAAUGGUUUUGUAAACUAUGUUCUUUGUUUGCAAUACAUUUUACAACCCCAACAAAGAAAAAUGUUUUUAAGAUUUAAUGAAGUUUAACCUGAUGGUUUCUGCCCCAUCACCAAUAGUUCUGACAACUUGUUGAAAUAUUUUAAAGCCAUAGUCAUGUAAAAUAGAAGGAUUUAUUCAUCUGUGCUGAUCAGUUCUCAAAAAAUGGCCAUGAUGCUAGAAUAAUGGUGAGGCCGACACCUCAAACAGCUGUUCUUGAUUUAGCACAGGGAUUUUCCUAAGUGCUUUUAUCUAUUUGCAACAGAUUGAUGAACAUUAAUGGUCAGUUAAAAGGCAAUGAAAUAGAGUAUUUUGCUAAUGAAAAUGCCACCUAGGUUCAUCAAGCUUUUGUCAAGGUAGUGGAGAAGCUGACGUAUUACGUAAAACUUUCUGUAACAGUUUCUUGAGAUAUGGUGGCUUGGCUCAGCAGGCCUCUGUGGCUGAUCAAGAACAUGUUUUUGGUGCUUAUGUUCAUCACUUUAGCUAAAUGACCCACCUGUGGGUAUAAUAUAGAUUUAGUUUAUAUUUUGAGUACUUUUGUAAGAUUAGAACAGAGACAUUUAAAGGAGGGGAGGAGCCUUUUGUUCUUUUGUCAGCUUUUUAUUUUUUUUACAUAGUUAAGAAUUAGACAUGAAAAUGUUGAAGUGUAAAGGGAAUGCAAAUUUUUGUCUUAGGACAAGGACAUAUUGUAUUUUUUCUUAUGUGUAACAUUUCAUUGCGUGCAUAGGUGGUUGCAUUUUUGCGCUAAUUCUUUUCCCCUCCUUAAUAAAAAUGUUAGCUUUGCAUGUGUUAUAUAAAAAGAAAUAUUCUCUAGCAUGUAAGUUACCGUUUUCGAGUUUUUGAAUGCUGUCCAACAUGUAUCUUUCUUGUAGCUAGAGCACUUUAUGCAUAUUUCACAAAGUAGGGGGCAUUGUGUGUGUAUUUUUUUCCCAUGACACCCUUUCCAAAACAUGGUCGUUUGGCCCAGCAAUGCAAAAAAAAAAAAAACAACACAUUGAUAUAUAUAUAUUUGAAGUCAAGAACAUGGAGAAAAAUUUCAGUUGCACCCAGAGAUUAACAAAGCCUGUCUUCAACAAUAUUGAUUUUACUGUCAUUUUGAGCCAUAAAUUGAGUACAAGACUUUUGGGAAAAAAAAUCUCAUGCCCCACACUUAUGCUACUAAAUGCAAUACUGCAGUUUCUGUAAAAGGGUUGGGUGUAAUCAGUAACUUCUGUGGUUUUGUCAAUAUUACGAUGAACAGUCUGCAUCAAGAUCAGAGGAGAUCACGAUCGGGGUGCAGUCUUUUGCGAAUGGUUUGUCUGUUAUUGAAUAAAUGUUGUUUUGUGGUGA